CUCUCACCUGUCUCGCGUUUUUAUGAUUGUCACUUCCCUCUAUCAGCUAGGGUAUAAAUUCCUGGCUAAUCUCUGUGGCCCUCAUUGGGUCGUUAGUGUUUUCCUCACUAUGCCUAGCGCGAGUUCAAGGUGGAUUUCCGCUACAAGAGCAUUUUUGAUUCUUGCAGCCAGGAUCAUUUGUCCUGGAGCUCCUGUUUAAGUGGAAACUGUGGAAGUCAGGCCAGUCUGGAAAGAGGCGUGAUGCAUAACACUGGUGGAAAGUAUCCUUACAAUUAUAAUUGGUGCCAAAAAGAAGGUGUUAUGACCAGACGCCUUCCGAGUGAUAAGCCUUUUGAACUUACUGCAUACAGUUGCUGUUGGGUGUCUUUGAGAAACUCUUGGAACUCAGUUUGGAACCUUCCAAUCCUGGUAGAUCUUGGACUUCGAUCUGACACGAAUGAAGCAAACCGUUCUCCAGUCACAACCAUCAUAUCAUUUGUCCGUGUACCACAGAACUGUCCUCGCACAUUCAACUUGAUCGCUUUUGAUGCAGAUGAUGAUCACGUCAGAUGUAGAAGCAACAUAGGUUUACCCUCAGGGUUCCACCUUGAUCAAGAUUCUUGCGCUUUACACUAUGUCACCAGCACCAGCACCAGCACUGGAUCCUAUGGUUUCGAAAUUGUUUUAGAGGACUUCCCCAAUCAGAGCAUCACUCUUACCUACAAUGACAAGACUACUGCUUUCAAGGGUCCAAUCCAUGCAGGGUGGCCAUUGGUGCAUUCUCCCUUAACACCUGGUCCUUCCACAAAUAGUCCAAUGACGGUGCAUUCUCCCUCAACACCUGGUCUAACCACAAAUAGUCCAACGACGGUACAUUCUCCCUCAACACCUGGUCUAAUCACAAAUAGUCCAACGGUGCAUUCUCCCUCAACACCUACUCUAACCAUGCAUACUUCCGCAUCGCCUAGUUUAAACACAAGUAGUCCAGCGGUACAUUCUUCCUCAACACCUGGUUCACCCAUUAAUAAACUAACGAUACAUUCUUCGUCAAAACCUGGUUCAACCAUAAAUAGUCCAGCGGUACAUUCUUCCUCAACACCUGGUUCAACCAUAAAUAGUCCAAUGGUACCAUCUCCAACCCAAAUGGCCUUUGAGUCCUCUACCCCUUGGUCACAGAACAGCACUCCAUUGAGCAAACUUCCACUGCAAUUUGUUGUUGUGGUUGACCCCCCAGCACCAUCUUGCAGUGAAGGAGUGUACUUGCCCCAGUUCCUGCCUCCCACUCCACACAACGGAGAACGGCUUCACGCUGCCAUCAACCAGGAGCUAGAAAUCAGAAUUCAGGCGAAAGCUUCUAACACAAUGGUUCAUGAUAUCAUAAUAAGUGGACCUCUGAACAUCACAAAGGACAAGGUCACCUCUGGAGAGUUUGUCCUCAGAUGGACACCCAGAAGUGGUGACCUUGGCGAGCAUUUUCCCGUCUGUUUUAUUGCUGAGAGCUCAGUGAAUAAUAGGCCUACUUCCACCUUCUAUCAGUCUGACAUGAGAUGUGUCAUUGUUGAUGUUGGACAUGAAAAGGCUGCUUCAGCUAAAGUGAUUUGCUCUGAGAAUUUUAUGGCCAUUGAAGUGGACAAAUCACUAUCAGACAGCAUCAGACUAAAUGAGGAUCACCUACGACUCACUGACCCAUCUUGCACACUCUACUCCAACGGCAGUCAUGUCUUUGCCAACAUGUCUCUCAACACCUGUGGCACUGAAGUGGAGGAGGAUGAAAACAAUCUCAUCUUCAGGAAUGAAAUUGUGUCUUUUGAUAACACAAAUGACAUUAUAACAAGAGACCAACAGGUGGAGCUAAGGUUCUUCUGCAAGUACCCUAAAAAAAGCAGUGUGUCCAUAGAGUUUGAUGCUCACAGAGGCCCUUAUGUAUUUAUACAAAAAGGAUUUGGAACUUUCAGCUUUGAGUUUGAAUUCUUCCAAUCAAGUCAAUUUCAAAAUCGGAAGGACCCCAACUCCUAUCCCCUGGAGUAUGAUCUUGGUGAAAUGAUGUACAUGCAGAUCGAAGCCAUCUCUCCAGUCAACAAUACAGAGCUCUUUGUCGAGUCUUGCACUGCCAGUCCCAGUGAUCACUCUCAAGCCCAUGUUUCCUAUGCAAUAAUUCAAAAUGGGUGCAAGGAAGAUGAAACAAUGCAAUUCUACUCGAGCCAUACAAAUAAAGUCCAGUUUGGAAUGAAGGCAUUUAAAUUCAUUGGAUGGCAUGACCAGGUUUACAUCACUUGCUCAGUCAUACUGUGUGAGGCUGGACAUCCCAACACCAGAUGUUCUCAGGGCUGCACCAAUGCCACUGCCCCACCUGCAGUGCAUCACCAUCACAGGAGAGAGGUUACCAUUCAGACCACCAGUCACUCCAUCUCCCAGGGGCCCGUGCGGCUCAGCAGGAAUGCUGACAUCAAGAGUGCUCCAAGCACAGUGCUAAAUGAUGAAUUGAACAUGAAUCUUGUUUUCCUCACUGGAUGCCUGCUGGCAGUUGUUGCCAUGGUGUGUGGUGUACUGAUCUACACAAGGCGACCUAGGAUUGAAUAUCAGUUACUACCUUCUUCCGACUAGGUAGCCUUCAUGCACAGCAGGGACAUAUACAGAGAAUUGUUAUGAAACAAACUAUAUAAACUCCUUUUUUUUCUGCAUGGAUUGUGUUUAAAAAUGGCUAAAACAGCUGAUUAUAUAGAUAUACAUUAUUUCCAUGUGAUAUAAUUACAUAUUACUUUUAUUUUUUGGAAAAUGUAACUGUUAGUAAUAAAUGCAUGUUUUUGCCAAAUUAUGACCAUAUUAUUCUGGGUGUAUAGUCAAGCUUAUAUAGGUUUAGUUAGGAUCACAACCCUUACUGAGGCUCUUUCCUACUAAAUUUUCCAUUAUCUUCUCUACAAAAAACUGUCUAAACAUGUAUGGUAUGGUAAUAAAGGUUUCUUAAACUGGUUUAAUAAAGCAAAUAAAUUCUAUAUUUGAAAGACUGGCUGAAGAAGUACAUGUCUAAAGACACUAAGGAAAACUAUGAGGUGGGUCAUCCUGUCCAUCAUGGUAAGUUUUAUUAGCUGAAAUAAAUUAAAAAAAACCUUAUGUAACCUUUCCAGUGUGCUUUUGGCGGGAUUUACAUCUCCUGACAUCUCCAUCAAUAUGCCUCUGUUUUACAGCACAUGUCCAAACUUUGUUUAAUGUGCCCUCUGCUGUUCCACGCCGGUUUGUUGUAGGGGCAGGAGAAGGCACGGGGUUGUUCACAGUGUCACGUUUGACCCUCUUGGACCCUGUGUAAAUUCCAUGAAUUCCAGGCAUUCUCUCUGUGUAGCAUAUUGUCUGCUGUGAUUAGAUGUCUGUUUUUUGUCAGCCUGAUUAGAGACUCAGAAAAACUAGUUGGUGAUGUUUGUCCUGAGAGUGGCAAUCUUAAACAUUUUCAG